AUGUGUGACGGCACCCUGCUGCCCCCUCUCGUCCUGUCUUUGCUGCUGCUGGUGUGGGGGCUGGACCCGGGCACAGCUGUCGGCGACGCGGCGGCCGACGUGGAGGUGGUGCUCCCGAGGCGGCUGCGCCCGGACGACGUGCACCUGCAGCUGCUGCCGGGAGCAGCGGGGCUCCGGCGGUGGCGGCGACCGCGAGCAUCCCCAGGUGGCCCUCGAGCGGGGCAAGGAGAGCGCGCCCUGCUGCUGCACCUGCCGGCCUUUGGGCGCGACCUAUACCUGCAGCUGCGUCGCGACCUGCGCUUCCUGUCCCCAGGCUUCGAGGUGGAGGAGGCGGGUGUCUCGGGCCGCAGCGGACACCCCGCCGAGCUGUGCUUCUACUCUGGACGAGUCCUAGGCCACCCGGGCUCCCUCGUCUCCCUCAGCGCCUGCGGCGCCGCCGGCGGCCUGGUUGGCCUCAUCCAGCUCGAGCAGGAGCAGGUGUUCAUCCAGCCCCUCAACAACUCAGGGGGCCCAUUCAGCGGAAGAGAGCAUUUGAUCAGACGCAAAUGGUCCUCCACCCCCACCUCAUCUACCGAGGUCGAGGGACCCAAACAACGCUGCAAAGUAGUGACAGAAAAAAAGAAGCCCAGGAAGGGCAAGCUGUCUCAGGACUGGAGGGAGCGGAGGAAUGCUAUCAGGCUCACCAACGAGCACACGGUGGAGACCCUCGUGGUGGCUGAUGCUGACAUGGUGCAGUACCACGGGGCAGAGGCUGCACAGAGAUUCAUCCUCACUGUCAUGAACAUGGUAUACAACAUGUUUCAGCACCAUAGUCUCGGGAUUAAAAUUAACAUUCAAGUCACCAAGCUGGUCCUUCUGCGACAACGCCCUGCCAAGUUAUCCAUUGGGCACCAUGGUGAGCGGUCCCUGGAGAGCUUCUGUCACUGGCAGAAUGAGGAGUAUGGAGGAGCACGUUACCUUGGCAAUAACCAGGUACCAGGAGGGAAGGAUGAUACGCCUCCUGUGGAUGCUGCUGUAUUUGUGACCAGGACAGAUUUCUGCGUUCACAAAGAUGAACCUUGUGACACCGUUGGAAUUGCUUACUUAGGAGGCAUGUGCAGCGCUGAGAGGAAAUGUGUCCUUGCUGAAGACAAUGGUCUCAAUUUGGCCUUUACCAUCGCACACGAGCUGGGCCACAACCUGGGAAUGAACCACGAUGAUGACCACUCAUCAUGUGCUGGCCGGUCACACAUCAUGUCGGGAGAGUGGGUGAAAGGCCGGAAUCCCAGCGACCUCUCCUGGUCAUCCUGCAGUCGAGAUGACCUUGAGAACUUUCUCAAAUCCAAAGUCAGUACAUGUUUACUGAUCACUGACCCCAGGAGCCAGCAUGCCCUGCGCCUUCCCCACAAGCUGCCAGGCAUGCACUACAGCGCCAAUGAGCAGUGCCAGAUUCUGUUUGGCACCAAUGCUACCUUCUGCAAAAACAUGGAGGUGCUGCUGUUUCAUGACCAGAAUUACGGAAUUCAUUACGAAUACACCAUACCUGUAAACCAGAGCACAGAAAACCAGAGUGAGCCCACCAAGCCACAGGAUGCUCUCUUCCUCUGGACCCACAGUGGCUGGGAAGGGUGCAGCGUGCAAUGUGGAGGAGGAGAACGCAGGACCAUUGUAUCAUGCACACGGAUUGUUAACAAGACCACAACCCUGGUGAAUGACAGUGACUGCCCCCAAGCAAGCCGCCCUGAGCCCCAGGUCCGACGGUGUAACUCUCACACGUGCCAGUCCCGGUGGGUGGCUGGUCAGUGGAGCCCCUGCUCAGCGACCUGUGAGAAGGGCAUUCAACAUCGGGAGGUGACUUGCGUGUACCAGCUACAGAAUGGCACCCACGUCACUACUCGGCCCAUCUACUGCUCAGAACCCCGGCCAACACCAGUCCAGAGCUGUGAAGGGCAGGACUGCCUGUCUAUCUGGGAGGCUUCGGAGUGGUCAGAGUGCUCUGCCAACUGCGGCAAAGGGAUCCAGAAACGGACGGUGACGUGCACCAACUCCCAAGGGAAAUGCGAUGCGUCCACAAGGCCGAAAGCAGAGGAGGCAUGUGAGGACUACUCCGGCUGCUAUGAGUGGAAAACUGGGGACUGGUCUAAGUGCUCAUCCACCUGCGGGAAGGGGCUCCAAUCGAGAGUGGUACAAUGCAUGCACAAAGUCACUGGACGCCAUGGCAGUGAGUGCCCGACUCUCUCAAAGCCAGCAGCCUACAGACAGUGCCACCAGGAAGUCUGCAAUGAGAAGAUCAAUGUGAACACCAUCACCUCCCCGCGCCUUGCUGCUCUGACCUACAAAUGCACCCGGGACCAGUGGACAGUGUACUGCCGGGUCAUCCGAGAGAAGGACCUCUGCCAGGAUAUGCGAUGGUACCAGCGCUGCUGCCAGACCUGUAGGGACUUCUACGAAAAUAAGAUGCGCCAGCCACCCUCUCCACCAAGCUCAUGACGGACAGCCAGCAUAGUGCUUGCUCAAUGCUCUGACUCAAGGUCUGAGGCGUGGCAGUUAGUGAGUGGAGAGCCCUCACCCUACCCAAAAAGCACACCAGCCCUGCAGCCAGGACCCCCCAAAGCUCUCCUCUGCUCCCACAAUAAGGCCAUCUCAAGAAUCCAGGUGCCUAGAGCUAGAGAGUGGACUUGACAUUGCCACUAGUCCUUUGAACAUAACAUACUGUUAACAGCCACUGGAUGGCUUUCUAAGGAAAAACUACAUGAGUCAUAAAAGAAUUCUAAUUUCCAAGCUCCUAUGUACCUCAAACAGGAACCACCUCUGGCAGAUAAAAAUUAUACACACACACACACACACACACACACACACACACACACGAGAACACAAGAGAGAGAGAGAGAGAGAGAGAGAGAGAGAGAGAGAGAGAGAGAGAGAGAGAGCAUUUGUUGCUUCUGUUCUGGCUUCCUGUUGACAUUUGAAUUCCUCCGGCUUGAUGUAGCUUUAUGGAAAUGAGAUACCACAUUAGAAGAGGCUGUGUCCUGAAAGUCAGCAGUGCCCUGACCAACCAGCCUCUGCUAAUAGCUUCUCUGGAAGAGGGAUGAGCUGCCUUCCUACGAACCCAAGAACCAAGACUCGGUCUCUGCCCAUCUCAAAAACAUAACGUCUCAAAAUCCUUAGAAAUUGCCUUAGAAAUCUUGCCCCCGAGAAUUUAAAUCUGAAUAGACCAAUAAGAAAGCCAGUGUCACACAGCUCUGCACACCACCUGCGUGGGAGAACAUUCCCGAAGAGCUGGAUUUGGGAAGGUAUCUGCUAUUCAGAGCUCAGCUGUAUAUCCCACAGGGGGAUAGGGGAGCCUCUCUUCAAGGUGCUAGGAAAUGGGACAGGCAUGCAUGGUCCAGGGGUUGCUUCCUGACAUAAAGGUGUCCUCAUCUUCCUCAGGGGUGGCUGGCUCUCAGUUCGCCCCCAAGCACAUCCACUCUGGCCUGCACUCCAUAAGGCUUUGUACCGUAUAUACAUGCUACAGCUUGGCAACGUAGCUUUCCAUUGGCAUUGGCCUUUCCUCUAAGUUAAGAUGACGUUUGAGACACCUGGGGAUACACAUCAGUCCUGGGUUCUGCAGCAUAAGGGUUGGACUCGAAGAAGAUGUGCCAGGACUUGUGGAGGAACAGCCCGUGGCCGAAGCAUCCGUCAAGGCUUCUUCUACCCAGUGCGUCACGGUUAGCACCUUCCUUAUUCAUGGCAUGGAAAGAUGGAGAAGGUCCGCUCUUCCCUCCCCAGGCCGUCACCCUCACCACAGAACUUUCCCAUCUCCAGAAGGCCAGAGAAGUGCCAGGCUGACCUCUCCAAGAGCAGACCAGCUGGUCGACUCACAGCUGCACAGGAGGCUGGCUUUGCUCCGCCUCUUGGAGGGUUUUCAUGGGUGCUUAUGAACUACCUUGAGAGGCCCAUCUUCUCCUGGUGUCAGAUGGAAGUGCUCCCUUGGGCCAGUUUCCAUGGGAUCAUCUCCGAGUACUUCUUGAUUUGUUACUGGUGCUGUUUCUAUUUUUGUUUUGGGUUUUGUUCUGUUUUAAUUUUUUCUAGCCCAUCACACAGACGUGGUCAAGGUGGCAGGGAAUUUGUUUCGUUCCACUUGAACUGAGAAAGGAGUGUUGAGAAGACUCCUUAGGUGCUCUGGGAGUGUCAGAAUGAAGUAGCCUACUGGUUGUUACCCCAGUGCUGUGCUAAACACUGCCCCCCCCCCCAGCUCAGGCCUGGUCACCAGCACACUCCCCAGGCUGUUUCGAAAACCCACAAAUUCCAGGGAGCUUCAAAGGCAGAGGGGAAGGUGCUGUCAAUUUUCCCUCCGUCCAACAGAUUCCGUUAGUUUACCCAAAGAUAUUCGUAUUAUGGAGCCAGAGACCAAUGAGAGCACUAGCAUAGCCCACUCAGGAGGCCAUGCAAUCUUUCUUGUGGCUCUGCAGAGGCAAACUGAGGCAGAGCAAGCCCCCAUAGGUGUGCCCUGUCCCUGGUGCCUCUGAUGCCUGCCCCUAGCCAUCUAUCACCUGAAGGAGCCCCACACCACAAACGUUAAGCCUCUCACGCAUGCACCUUCUGAGCAAACCCUGGCAUGUUCACUUUGAACACCAUGAUGUCAUUCUACCAUCAAAGCUCUGGGGUCACAAGGGUGGUGCCCCUGUGUUAAACCCACACUGUCGCUCAAAUACUGUACCCUCGUGGUCCCACAGAUGUGUCCCUAGGGUCUCUCUGUCUUAUGGUGCUAUUCACACUGGUGCAAGACAAACCACUCGCCAUUGUCUGUGGCUUGAUUAAAACCCAGAAAAGGAGCUGUGGUGGCGACCUCUAACCUCUGCUCUUCUGCCAUUUUAAAGUCAAAUGUAUAUAGUUCCCACUAGUUAACUUACACUCAGUACUGUAUCUGUGGGUUCUGUUUUGUGUUGUUUUACUUUGGGGUGCUGAUUAUGAAAGAACACAGAAGAGUGGACGACAAACAUCGGUUGCCAUUAGCCGUGAAAAACUCAUCAUUUCGUUGGGAGCAAGUUGAACAUGUGUAAUAAAAUGUUUUUCCAUAA